AUGUAUAAAUAUGACGUUUUGCAAGUUGGUAGAUUGUCGAAAUUAAUUUCAAAGUGCACGAACGGUGAAGUUAAGUACAUUGUGCCGGCAGAGGAAAUAUUUGAUAUCUUGGAAGCAGCUCACAUCGCAACUGGUCACGGAGGUCGAGAUCGUAUGCUGUCUGAAACUAGCAAGAAAUAUGCAAAUAUUACUCGUGAAACAAUCACAAAAUUUCUAUCGAUGUGUGAAACAUGCCACCAAAAAAAAGUAAAGAGGAAACGUGGUUUAGUUUUUAAACCAAUUCUUCACAAAGAAAUGAAUAGUCGAUGUCAAGUCGAUCUCAUAGAUUUACAAUCACAAGCUGACAAUAAUUAUAAAUUCGUCAUGGUGUACCAGGACCACCUAACAAAAUUUGUUAUUCUUCGACCGCUGUCAUCAAAACGUGCAGCAGAGAUUAUCACAGAAUUAGCAUCAUUAUGGCCUGAACUCAAAAUUGUCCACGGAAAACCAAGACACAGCCAAAGCCAGGGGUCGGUUGAGAGAGCAAAUCAAGACAUUGAAAACAUGUUAGCUGUGUGGAUGAAAGAUAAUAAAACGACCAAGUGGGCAGAAGGAUUAAAAUUUAUUCAAUUUAUGAAAAAUAGAUCUCUGCAUUCCGGAACAAAACAGGCACCAUAUAAAGCCAUGUUUGGUACGGAUCCAAAAGUUGGCCUCUCUACUUCUAAGCUACCGAGUGACGUUAUAAAAAAAAUCCGAACUGAAGAUGAUCUUCAAGACGUGCUGAAGAGUAAUGACGUAGAUGAAAAUGACGAUGCAAGUGGAAGUUCAUCAUCAGACGACUCAAUAGACAGAAGACAAGAAGAAAUUAUGUCCGCUAGACAAGAAGCUGCAGAAAGGCUAGAAAGGCAAGCAAAAAAAAUGAAAACAGUUUCUGAUAAACAUCAUGAAGCGAUUGAAGUUGGAGACAACAUAAUAAUUCCAAUUCCGGAUGUGGACAAGGCGAAAAGUGACCUUAGGAACGUUGUUGGAGUAGUCUUAGAAAUAGAGCACGAUCUUUUUAAAGUUGGAACACGUCAUGGUAUAAUAAACCGAUUAUACAGCAGGUCAGAAUUCGAGAAAUGCAAGACGAACUUUAUUGACAAGGAAGAAGUUCUCCACAACGAGAGCAUUUCCCUGAGCUCUGUUGCAACACAACAGUCUAAUACGUCUGGACAAGGAUAUUUGCGCUGCAUUUCGCAAAAUGCCUGGUCUUCGGGUUUUGCCGGUAACAGAUACACCCACGAAUAA